AUGAAUGCUCUUCUAAAGGAAGUAAUUGGAUUUCCAAGGGAAAUGAUUUUCUUGUUGCUCAUAUGGCUGAGCUCUACUCGUGUUUCAGUUGCAUGCCCACUGUAUGAAAGAAAUUAUCUCUUAGAUUUUAUGGGGGCUGUUAAAAGUGAUUUCAACAGCUUUCAGUCAUGGCAAGGAUUCAAUUGCUGCGAUUGGAGAGGUGUCACUUGCAGCCAUGAUUUAGGCAGCCAUGUUACAGGACUGGAUCUCUCUGAUUUCGGUUUGCAAGGUGAGAUUCAUUCCUCUCUGUUCAACCUUAAAUAUUUACAAGAUCUAAAUCUCCGUUACAAUUUUCUUAGAAAGAUCCCAUCCGAUAUUGGAAAGUUGAGGAGGCUCACUCUUCUGGACUUGUCUCUUGGUAGCUGGAAAGGUGAAAUUCCAAGGACUUUGGGAAAUUUGCGAAAUCUACGCUACCUAGAUGUAGGUGUAAGCUCCGAUGAUCCACAUUGGCAAAGAUUGCAGACGCCAAGUUUUGCAAGUUGGCUACAAAAUCUAACCAGAUUGGAGCACCUCUCUCUUAAUGGAGUGGACAUAUAUCCAGAAGAAGCAUCAAGCGAGUGGGGUGAGGUUAUUACCACCCUUGCCAAUCUUACAAAUCUCGAGUUGUAUGAUUGUGGGUUAUCAGGACAACUUCCUCCUUCCAUAGCUAAUCUCUCUAGACUUGUUACCUUGGGCCUGGGAGGCAACUACUUAACAGGGGUGAUGCCCCCUUCUUUAGGUAACCUUUCCGCUCUUGAUAGUCUUAACUUAGCUGGAAACAAAUUGAAUGCCUUAACAGUCUUGGACUAG